CCAUCUCACGCAAUUGGAACGAGAGGGUGAGCUUCGGAAGAUACAAAUGUCUGAUGAGAUCAACUUGCAGAGAGAAGGAGAGUGCGAGUUUUAUGUGAAGCUUCUUGAUAGCUUCUGAUUGGCAACCCUUGGUGGGUCACGAACGACGGGAAAGGUAAGAAAUUAUUUGAAAAUCCUGCGCGCUGAGGGCGCAGCAGCACGAUGGGUGACCAAGUCGAUACCUCCAACGAGUAUGAAGAAAAUCCAUACUUUCAGAUAUUGAGUCGCACACAGCGAAGUUCUAGCGCAGGCAGAGGAAUCAAAGAUGUCCAAAGACAAUCUCGAGAAAAGCCCAGAGCAAAAAUCUCCAGGAGCAAGAGCUCGAUGAGUAACACAUCCAGUACUGCUUCGCAGUAUCAGGAGAUACUUGGACGGGACGUGGGAAGCUACUGCUGGUUCAGACCUGAGCAAAAAAGAGUCGAUGAGACCGACUCGGAGGAAGUUCCCGGUGAAACUUCUUCGUCCUCAAUCAAAGCUUGUAGUGAUUCGAGAAGUGCUUUCCUGGAGAAAACUAGAGCCUGGAUGCAAAAGUAUGUGAGCGAUAGGCAAGGCACGCCGCCAAUUACAAGAACUGUUGACUCUGACGAGAUUUCGUCUGCCAUCGUGCCCUCUGCGGAGACAUCCGUAAGCACCAAAGCGUUAAAAAAGCCAGGAGUCACGACUUCCACUCUUCCGCAGACAUAUCUCAAGGAGAAGAUGCCCGAAGAUCAGACCUCCGAACUUGAAAUGUCGCCAGAUGACCAUAAGCCCGCGGAAGACAAAGAUAAAGAUCCCGUCGGUCCGAGGAGAGAACUCGUGAAAGACACAUUAGAGAGGAGAGAACUCGCGGAAGACAAAGAUAAAGAUCCCGUCGGUCCGAGGAGAGAACUCGUGAAAGACACAUUAGAGAGGAGAGAACUCGUGAAAGACACAUUAGAGACAUUCCAGCGAAUAUGGGAGUUCAUGGAGAACGAAGCGGAGGACGUCACACCCAAGCGCCGUAGAUCAGACAUGAGAGUGGCAGCUAAAAUGAGAGAAUCGAAAUUGACUCUGGAAGAGGAUAUAAUCGGAGAGGUGGAAGGAGUGGAAGUCGGUGACACAUUCAGUUGGAGAGCCGAAAUGGCUGUGAUUGGAUUGCACAAGGAGCUCGUAGCCGGCAUCAAUGUCGUAAAGAGAUCUGAAUCUGAAGGAGGGCCCAUCGCUACAAGCGUGGUCUUCGGUGCAGCGAGCUCAUACUCCGAUAACAUCUAUCAAGACAGCAGCACGGACCGAUGCGUAUACAGCGGGGAAGGAGGACUCCCGAGCAAGAGUAAAGAUUCGACAGGCUACAGAGAUCAGACACUCACAGGAGGCAACCUGGCUCUCAAACGAACCGCCGACCAGAAAAUUCCUCUUCGAGUCAUCCGAGGGCUCAAGAAAGUCGAACGAAAGGACGACAGAAAGUACAUCUACGACGGUCUUUAUGAAAUCAUCGCCUACCAGUAUGACACGGGUGUGAACGGCAACAAGGUCUACAAGUUUGUGCUCGAACGACUUCCCGGCCAACGCCCACUGCCUUGAAGGAAAACUCCGACCUCGACAUGGGCUUUAACCUCACGACACACUGAACGACAAUUUUGCUCAUUGCCAAAUGUCACACAGCGAAUUUCCCAUGCGGAUCGUGAGACGGCGAGCACGAUGCACAAGCAUCAAUUGAACUGGUGAGGAUCAAACCAACUAUGAACUGCAAGUCCUUUUGCAGCACUGGUCAUCGUAGCCUGAGAUAUGAGGCCGCAUCGCAGUGCAGGAAAUGUCAUAAAAUCGAAUAGAUCUCUGAGUUCAGGAAGAGGAUGUGUAAGCAAUUCGGUGAAUCUCUGAAGUGGCGUCCACGGAAAUGUUCCAUGCCCACCUGAAUGCAACAGCAUAGGAUUUCUAACCCAGCCGAUUAAUUCUGGAUUUCUAAUAUGUAUUUAGUUUCUUAUAUAUCGUUUCUUUCGGACCCAUAUAGCCAAACAAAUUAAAGCGAUGAAGCCAUAAAUCGAAUUCUCCUCGGCCGUUGGGCGAUGCGCACGUAGUGCGCAUCGCUCAAUGAGUAUGGCAACUCGCUAAGCCUGCCCUUGCCCUCCGGGACCUUCCCUUUCGUACUCGUGCCACGAGGUUUGAAAGGUUCCUUUCUCUUGUUUAUAUUUCUUUCUAGAUAUACCUUUCACUGAUAUUUUUCAUAAUGUCCUAAUGAAUGGGAAUAAUCCACGAAAAGAAACAUUUUCAACUAGAUUAUCUUUUUGUUCAAAGAACCAUAAUAACAUGGAAUUAGUCGC